AAUGUCCUAAUUGUUAAGACCUAUAUCUGCUUCAUCACCUUCAAAAACAAGAAGUGCAAUAUCAUCACACACUUAAUCAAAGAGUCCUCAUUAUAUUGAAAUAUAAUAAGGUAAUUUCUUAAUUUUAUAAAUGAGGUUCGACACACUAAAAGUCAUAGUAAAGUUUACGAAAUUCUCAUAAUACGAGCAAAUUUGAGAAGAGUAUUGAUUUGGAUAUGAAACUAAGUAAUAGUUUUAUUAACCCUGAAUUCGAGAUUAAAAAAUUAAUGAACUUAGUUGAAUUGCAAUAACAUGAAAUAAAUAAUUGGAAGCGUCGUUUUGAAUAAUCAGAGGCACGAGUAUCUUAUUAAACUAAAAUUAGUGUAUAUCUUCAACUUCAUCUAAAACAAUAAAGGAAUAUGAAAUCCAUAUAGAUUAAUUAACAAAAGAACUAAAAAACCACAUAUUUAUCAAUAAUGAUUUAAGUAAUGAAUUGAAAGAGAAAGAUAAUCAAAUAACAAAAUCGAAUAAAUAAUUAGAUAUCUAUAAAUAGCAGUUAAAUGAUUAUUAGUCUGAAUUAAAGUAUGUAUAGAAAGAAAAAGCCAAUUUGGAUAAAGAUACUUCGAUACAAUUCUAUUAAUAAGAUUAGAGAUAAAAAUAAAAUUUAUAAGAUAUGUAAUCGAAACAUUUUUAGUAAAUUUAAAUUAUGGAUGAUUAAGUCUAAAAAUUACAAGAAGAAUUAAUAAGACAUAAUUAAGCAAUUGAAUUUUAGAAAUAAGAAAUAAUGUAAUUAGAUAAAAUUAUUAAUGAAAUGAAAGUUGGAGAAAAGACAUUGAUACAAACAUUAGAAAAUUAUAAAACUAGGUGUCAAGAAUUAUAGGAUGAAAAAAAGAAGAAAAUCAAUAAGUAAAUUUAACAAUUCGAUUAGAAAAUAAAACAACAAGAAAAGGAAUUUCUUGAAGAAAAGGAAAGUCUUAUUCAUGAUAUCAAUAAAAUGUAAUAUGAAAUUGACAUAUUAAACUAAUAAAGUUAAGAAUCAUAAAGUAUUCUAAUUUAUUUAUUGUUUAAGAUCUGAUUUAAGAAUUAUAAAAUGAAAUUCAAUCAUAAAUGGAAUAGAAUUGCUAUGUUUAAGAGUAACAUCAAAAUAAUUCAAAAGAUUUAGAAUUAAAAUACAAAAAGAUAAAUUAAGAUCUUAAGAUUGAAUAUGAAUAGUAAAAAAAUAAAUUAUGCUAAGAAAUUUCAAAAUUAACUUCUUAAUUGGAUAUUACUUCAUAAUAAUUUAAUGAAAAUUCCGAAUUGAAUCAAGAAUUAUAAAUUACUUUUGAUACUUUGAAUAAGAAUAAUGAAAAUAAAUCUUAGUAAAUAAGCAAAUUUUAAAUUGAAUUAGAAUAGCUAUAAUAAUAGUAUGAAAAUGAUAUUACUGAACAAAACUAAGAAAUUGAAUAGUUAAAUAGUUAAAUUGAAUAACUUACUGAAUUAUUUGAGUAAAGAUCAAAUGAAAUUGAUGAUGCUAGAUAAUUUAGAGGAGAAUUAACAUUAAAAAAUAAUGAAAAAAAUGUAAAUUAUUUAAUUUAAUCAUAGUUAUUGAUCUAAAGAUUACAAAACGAGUUAGAAUCUUAAAAGCAAAAAUUAUUUGAACUUCAAAAAUAACAUCAAAUUUAAGGAUAAGUAAAAGAGGAAAUAUGUAAAUCACAGUUCGAAUAAAUGAAAAGACAGAUGGAAUCAGAAAUUGAAUUAUUGGAAACAUAAAAUAAAACCAUAUUGUAUUAAUUAUAGAUGAAAUCAAGAGAAUGUGAAGAGUGGAAGCAGUAGUAUAGUAAAACUUUCUGA